AUGGUGUUUAAGCUUACUCAAUGCGGACGAUUUGUGUUCCGACGCUUCAAUAGUCGCGUGCUUUACGUACCCAGCUCCGGGCUGCGGACUGAAGUUAUCGCCAGCUCCUUCGCAGCAAGACCCAGUGUCGAAGGCCUCUUUCGGUCGUUAUCCCUGAGCAAUUCGUAUGCGACAACUGCCGCCAAGCCGAAAACAAAGGCAAAGAAGACCGUAAAAAAGAAGGCCUCUAAGAAACCUACUCCUCCUCCAAAGCGUGGCCGCCCUGGAAAGAGUGACAAGGAAAAGAAGGCCGAGAAGAAGGAGAAAGAAGCAAAGGCUCAGGCAAAGGAGGACUUGAAGAAUCUUAAAGAGGCUGCUCUGACCCCUCCCAAACGUCUACCAACGUCCAAGAUCUCGAUCUUUUCAGCUGGAAAGGGACCUCUUGUGGAGUCGGUGAAGGCAUUUAAAGAGAUAUCCGCAUUCCAAGCCGAAGAACUGGAACAAACUGCUGAAAAGAAUGCAGAAACCAACCGACAUAAUCUCGAACAGUGGAUAGAAUCCCACACCCCUCUCGAGAUAAGGAAUGCGAACGCCGCUCGCCGUAAACUUCGCCGCAUCCUACCGAAGAAAUCUAGAACCUACGGCGCAAUUAAGGAUGAUAGACAGGUGAAGGCACCACGUAACGCUUACCUGCUCUACUCCCUCGAUAAACAUAACAGUGGAGAGUUCAACCAUCUACCUGCCAAGGAACGUAUAGCAGAAACUGCUCGCAGCUGGAAGAAUGCAAGCGAAAGUGAGAAGGAGAGAUACAAGGCCCUGCAGGAGGAGGAUCGAACGAGGUAUAUCAAUGAGUACAAAUCGACGUACGGCGAAGAACCAAAGAUGCUGGAGUCAAGUGAUGCCGAAGAUUUCUAG